AUCAGUUCCGCAGCAGCCGGAGCGGAAAACUUAGGGUAGAAACACACAAACUGCUCCCAUCAGCCUCCUGCGAUGCUUCUGGAUGCUCCUCCGCUUUUAAAACUCCUUUUCUUCUUCUUUUCCUCCUUCUUUUCCUUCUCUUCGCUCCUCCGUCCUGCGCUCCGAUGUGAGUUCGCCCGUGCGUAAAAGUCCGGCUCCGCGCGCCGCCCAUCAUGGCUUAUCCUCAGGGUUUCCUCUUCCAGCCGUCCGUGUCUCUGGCUCUGCACUCCUGCCCGUCCUUCAGCUCCGGGGUCAUCCUAGGACCGCGCACCGAGGAGCUCGGCCGCUCCUCGUCGGGCUCCGCCUUCGCUCCGUACUCCGGAUCAGCGACCUCUCCCGGCUUCAACUCACACCUGCCGUACGGAGGGGAGCCCCGGGCCGCCGCCACGCUCAGCUCCUUUGUGAGUCCGGGUUACGACCCGUCCUCUGGCAUCUCUGGAUCCUUAGACUACCACCCAUUCGGGGCCCUGGGGCCGUACCCGUACGGAGAUCCCACCUACAGGAAGAACGCCACACGGGACGCCACGGCCACGCUGAAGGCCUGGCUCAAUGAGCACCGGAAGAACCCGUACCCCACCAAGGGCGAGAAGAUCAUGCUCGCCAUCAUCACCAAGAUGACCUUGACACAGGUGUCCACCUGGUUCGCCAAUGCUCGGCGACGGCUGAAGAAGGAGAACAAGAUGACGUGGACGCCACGGAACAGGAGCGAGGAUGAGGAGGAGGAGGACAACAUCGACCUUGAGCGCAAUGAGGAGGACGAGGAGCCGCUGAAGCCGGGCGGCGAGGAGACAGAGCCAAAGAGCGAGGCCGCGGUGCGUCGGCCCUCGGCCUCAGACUCCUGCGGUUUGACGUUCAGAGAGGAGGGGGGCAGCGACGCCGAUCGAGGAUUCGCUGAUCUGGACUUUAAAGACUCCACCGGGGACCGGAAGCCGCCCCACAUCCCAGCCCCCGUCUCCGUGUUGGUGGCCCCUCCUCAGAGCGCAUCCCUGGGGACGCUCAGAGUCUUGGAGGCGGCGCGCACACCGAGCCCGCAGUCUAAGGAGCACUCCUGCGGCGCCACCCAGGGGCCGAACGUGGCCCCUAAACCCAAACUGUGGUCCCUGGCUGAGAUCGCCACGUCUUCGGACAAAAGCAAAGGAUGUAGUGACUCGUCACAGAGUGGGGGGGCGGGGCAGCAGCGGACCCCGUUCCCCCACAGCCCCGCCCUGCCCCGACACCUCUAUUAUACUGCCCCCUUCAUCCCAGGAUACUCCAGCUACGGGCCUCUGGGGACCCUGCACGGCGGCGGCGGCGGCUCGGCUUUAAACGGAUUACAGCAGACGAUGCUGCAGCGAGCCGAGGUGGCGGCCCGAGACUGCAGGCUGCGCAGCCAGAGCCAGCUGGAGCUGCACGAACACAAGAGAGGCAUGAUGAACGUGUAGAGCGUUUACCGGGACCGGCAGGUGUAACGGUGCUCUGCACGGGCCCUCAGGCCGCGGACUCUGAUUUGGAAACACAAAGUUUGAAUUUCAGACUGUUUUUCUAUGUUGGUCAGAUGUAAUCUUUGUAGUGCGUU